UGGCUCAGCUACCAUGGUUAAUGCUACAAUCAUGGCAAGAGCUACACAAAAUACCAGUACUCAAUCCCUACCUAUCUCUUCUUUUCAUCUUUUCAAUUCUAUAUGUUUCUAAACUUAUACUCAAAAGUGGCAAAUGCAAUUUACCUCCAUCCCCAACAAAGCUGCCAAUCAUAGGCAACCUUCACCAGCUUGGCACACUCCCGUAAUGCUAUUACACUUGGGUCAUGCUCCAUCCCUUGUGGUGUCAUCUGCAAAUAUGGCCAGGGAAGUCAUGAAGACACAUGAUAUCACUUUCUCAAAUCGGCCAAGAGCUACAGCUGCUGACAUCAUAUUGUAUGGUUGUACAGACAUAGGGUUCGCAUCCUAUGGUGAAUAUUGGAGACAAGCAAGGAAAAGCUGCGUCCUUGAACUUUUGAGCCUCAGGGCGCAAUCAUUCCAAUAUGUAAGGGAAGAAGAGGUUCUUUUAUUAACAAAUAGGAUACGUGAGUCGUGCCUCAAACAAACUUCUGUUAAUCUAAGCGAAAUGUUCUUUGUCACCUCAAACAAUAUAGUCUCUACAUGUACGCUUGGACAGAAGUAUGAAGGAGGAGAUGCUAGGAGCAGGUUUCAACAGCUACCAAGAAGGAUAAUGGUGCUAUUGACAGCAUUCUGCAUCAGAGAUUUUUUCCCUUCUCUAGGAUGGAUUGAUGUUCUUACCGGACUAAUCCCAAGUUUGAAAACUGUCUCUAGAGAAAUUGAUCCAUUUUUAGAUCAAGUUAUUGAAGAACACAAGAGAAUGAGAAGUGAGAAUGAGAAGUAAUCAUGAUCAUGACCAACCAAAUAAGAAAGACUUUGUUGACUUCUCCAACUUCAAGAGGACGGUAUGCUUGACUAUGAGUUCACUCAAGACAACCUCAAAGCAAUCUUACUGGUCUCUC